AUGCGUUCCAACGAUAGUCAAAAGAUCAUUGUAGUGGGUAUUCCCAAGACAUUAGAUGAUGCCCAAUUAUCGGACUUAUUCAAUGACUUUGGUACCGUCAUUGAAGCAAAAGUGGUACUAGACACGACGUCCAAUACAUCACGAGGUUUUGGUUUCGUGACAUUCACAGCCGCUUCAUCUAUGCGCAAUGCCAUUAAAGCAAUGAAUCGAAAGGUGAUAGAAGGACGAACUUUAAAUGUGCGACAGUUGGUGCCUAAGGAGACAUUUCAAGCACAGAAGAAGGAAACGCCUGACACGAGUGAACGACCGUGUUGGCUCUUGCGUAAAGGCAAAUGCACGGAAGGGGCCAAUUGUCCCUUUUCCCAUGAUAUUAAGGACGGAGAGUUUGGCAAUUGCUUUGAAUUUGUACAAACGGGAGAGUGUAAACAUGGAAACAAGUGUAAAUUCUCUCAUCCAGUCGAUCGAGAUGAAAAUGAAGUUGAGAUGGAAAGGAAGAAAAAAGAGAGAAUAAAUGGAGAUAAACGUGUGUGUUAUAGUUUCCAAAAUGGACGUUGUCAUCGCGGUAAAAAGUGUCUCUAUGUGCAUGAGAUGCUGGUUGGUGGAGACGUCGAGAGUGCCAAAAACGAGAAGAAUAAGAAGGAAGAGGUCACGAGACAGACUGAAAGUGGAAACAAGCGGAAACGACUGGAGGAGAAAAAAGAUAAAGAGGUGGCGGCACAAGUGGCGGUACAAGUGAAGACAGAAAAGAAGAUGUUGAAAGUGGUGACGAAGAAAAUUGAAGGUGUGGCACCGAAGUUUGAGUGGAAGGCUAAAGCACAAACUGGUGAGCCUAAAGAGGAACUCAAACAGGAUCAAGGUCGUGAGCUGCAAGGUGAAGAGCCUCAGCAGCAUUGGCCGAAAACGAUGAAGAUGGACAAGGUUGACAUGGGUGCCACGUUUGAUGGUGUCUCGGACGACGAGGCACGUCCGAGACAUGGUAGUAAAAAGAAAAAGGUAGACAAGGAGACGAUGCGUGCGAACCGCGAGAAGUUGAUACAGGAAAGACGUGCGAAGCGUAACGCGAAGAAGAUGGCAUUGUCGAAGUUGCGUGUUCAGGGCGAAGUCGAGCUGCUUGCUUGA